GACUUCCGCUUCCGGCGGCGCUAUCGACCAUGGCGGCCCUUCGGCGGCUGGCGGGCGUGCAGAGGUUGCUGGGGUUACCGGCCCGGGCGGCCCGCGCUGUCUCUUCCGGGGGACCGGCCAGCUCCUCGGCGACGGUGCAGGUGCCGCCCGCCUCGAGCCCCGCGCAGGUGGCGCCUCCGCGCAAGCACCACGACGACGACGACGACGACGACGACGACGACGAGGGGGUGUCCGUCUUCAUGAAGAACCCAGAUUACCACGGCUUUGACCCAGAUCCCGUCGUUGACGUCUGGAGCAUGCGCGUAGCCUUCUUUUUUGGCAUAUCCAUUACCAUUGUAUUGGGCUCCACCUUCGUGUGCUAUCUGCCGGACUACGGGAUGGAAGAGUGGUCUCGUCGAGAAGCUGAACGGAAAAUUAAAGAGCGGGAGGCACAGGGGCUGCCUGUGCUUGACUCUAAUUAUUAUGACCCCAGCAAAAUUGUGCUGCCUCCAGAGGAUGAGGAAUAAGUUCCAUGAUGUCUGCCUGUCUGGCUAAGCUGAGAAUAAACUUCCAAGAUGAUUUGUGUUUA